UGUCUUUGCAAGUUGUGAUAUUAGUAAACAAAACAAAAAUGGCUCUUCGAACGUAUGGUGAUAAGCCGAUUAGUUUUCAAAUUGAAGAAAAUGGAGAAUAUUACUGUAUUGGUUCUGAGGUGGGCAACUACCUGCGGUUGUUCCGUGGCUCCUUGUACAAGAAGUACCCUGGAAUGUUCAGGCGAAGCAUCACCAACGAGGAACGGAAGAAACUUGUGGAACUGGGCUUAAGUCAACACGUUUUAGCAUCGAGUGUAUCUCUUUUGAGGGCAUCUGAAGUCGAGGAUAUCAUAGAUGGAAACGAUGAGAAGUACAAGGCGGUAUCUGUACAUUCUUCAGAGCCUCCGGUGCCAAGGGAAGGCAAGACGAAGAAGAGCAUGCCCUGGGUGCCCUCCCUCCCGAACAGCUCCCACCUGGACGCCGUGCCCCAGGCCACGCCCAUCAACAGGAACAGGGUGAACAACAAGAAGGUCCGAACAUUCCCUUUGUGUUUUGACGACACUGACCCAAACUCCAUUCUUGAAAAUGCUUCCCAAGUGGAGGUGUUAGUUCCCAUUCGUUUGGACAUGGAGAUCGAAGGGCAGAAGUUGAGAGACACCUUCACGUGGAACAAAAAUGAGAACCUGAUAACACCAGAGCAGUUUGCCGAGGUGUUGUGCGACGACCUGGAUUUGAACCCCUUGACGUUUGUGCCGGCGAUAGCGCAGGCCAUCCGCCAGCAGAUCGAAGGCUUUCCGACUGACAGCAUCAUCGAAGAGAGUUGCGACCAGCGGGUCAUCAUCAAGCUCAACAUCCACGUGGGGAACACCUCGCUGGUGGACCAGGUGGAGUGGGACAUGAGCGAGAAGGAGAACCACCCGGAGGCGUUCGCCAUGAAGCUGUGCGCGGAGCUGGGGCUGGGCGGGGAGUUUGUGACGGCCAUCGCCUACAGCGUGCGCGGCCAGCUGAGCUGGCACCAGCGCACCUACGCCUUCAGUGAGGCACCUUUACCAACGGUUGAUGUGCCAUUUCGACCUCCGUCCGAAGCCGAUCAAUGGGCUCCAUUUCUCGAAACACUUACAGAUGCGGAAAUGGAAAAGAAGAUAAGGGAUCAAGAUAGAAACACUAGGCGCAUGCGUCGACUUGCAAACACUACACCUGGUUGGUAAUUAUGCUUGAGGAACAUGGAACCACAACUCUGUGAGAAGAUACGUACAGUUCUAUGCUGAAAAGCAUUGACAUAGGUAAUUAAGUUGGAACAGGUGUGAUCAGUGAUGUGUGUGUCACAGUUUAGCUGUCAAGAGUCCGAGUGAACAAAUUCAUUCCACUUGCUGUUAACGUGGAGUCAUGACCUUAUGUACUAAGGUUUGGUAGUGUUAGUUAAGUUCUGAAUGCUUGCAUCAUGGGGUGAAAGCCUUUGGUUGAAUCUUGAUGUCUUUAAAACACAUAAGUAAUUGUGAAUUUACUUCACCUGAAUGUAACACGUGAUGAUAGUGUGAAAUUGAAUGUUAUUUUAAUUUAUUAGUAUCUUUUCCAGAUUACCUUAUUUAUGUAAAACAUACAGUGAAUCCAUUUUAUACAUUAUUAUUAUUAUUUUUUUUUAAAUACAUAUUAUAAUGUUGAGCCAAAAUUUGAGGUCUUAAUUUCUACUGUGCUGCAUUUUCAAUAGAUUAAUACUGCAGCUUUUUGGUGUAGCCUGCCAGAAAUUCUUCAUCCUUGGUAUUGUGAUUGUGUUUCGCCAUGUAAUCAACUAAUCACUAAUCAGUAUUUUUCUAGGAAGUGGAAGUUGACUGAUAGUUUAUGCAAACCUGUAGUUAAUCUUUUAAGAUAGUUUAAAAGGUUUUUUUUUGUUAGGUACAAAUAUGUUUACCCUGUAAAGUGAAUCACAAUUUGCAAGUCAAAAUUAUAAAAUACUUUGGUAAGA